AUGAGGUUUCUCUGUCUCCAUGGCAUGGGUGCCAAUGCCCAGGUGCUGGAGAUCCAGAUUGCCGCCAUUACCAGCUCUUUCCCUGAACAUGAGUUUGUCUUUGCCGAAGGCCUAGAGCCUUGCCUUCCCGAUCCGAAGGUCCAGUCCUUCCUUUCCGGGCCUUAUCUCUGCUAUUACUCAUGUCCAACUCCAACUCAAAUGCACGAGGCGUUUACCCUGAUCCGAGAAGUCAUGGAUGAAGACGGCCCAUUCGAAGGAGUCAUUGGCUUCUCACAAGGGGCUGCACUGGCUGCGUCUAUGAUCCUCCAGCAUCAGAAAGAUAACCCCACCGCAAUGCCACUCUUUGAUCUCGCUAUCUUUCUGGGCGCCAGUCUUCCAUUUGAUAUGGACUCCAGCCUGGCUCUCCGCAGUAUCGUCGCCAUGCACCAUCGACCAAAUGGAUAUCCCGAUGGCGCUGGUGACGACCCUCUCAUCCUGCAGCAAUAUGAUCCGCGAACGACAAACCUGCGUAUAGAGAUACCUACGCUGCAUGUAAUUGGAAGAACAGAUCCAUUUCGGCAGCAAGGGGAAUUGCUGGUCGAGCUGAGUUCCGGGGAUGCCAUCCCAGUCGUCCAUGAUGCGGGUCAUAUUGUGCCUAGAGAUAUGGGCUCAACGGCCAAGAUAGUACGAUUGGUAGAGGGAAUGAUAGGCAGGGCUCAACACAUAUGCUGA